AGAGUGAUCGUGAAGUAUAGUUAGUCGGCGCCACGGAACGCACUUUAGUUUCUCUUGAGACUUUGAGACGAGGUGACAUACUUUUUCGAGAGAGAGAAAGAGCUUAAAUCCAACACAGAAAUUCCCCAGCUAUUGUGUGGAAUUCCACAAAUUAGUCAGUCAAACUAUAUUUGGAGAAAGUGUCGCUAUUUCUUUGAUUGUGUGAAGACUUCUAUUUGGAUUUUGUGAAAAAAGAGGAAAAAUCUUUGAGAUUUUUUUUAAGACUCUGUGCAAGAAUUUAUAUAAGAAGAUAAACUUGAGAACAAUUUUCGUCAAAGUGGUACUGUUGUGCUAAACAUCUUGAUUUGAAUGCUACAUGAGAAACUUGUUUCUCUUGUGACUUGUUUUAAUAUCAUCGUGCUUCGCAAGUGAAUUUGCAUGAUUGACGAUCUAUCUUGCGUCGGUUGAAGGUAUACACAACAUAUUGCAAAAGAUCGCGGUGCGCAUAUUGAGAGGAGGUAGCAGCACCAUCCAAAGUGAAUGCAAGAUUUUGGUUGAGGAGGAAGAAGGUAUGACUUCCACUAUACUGCAUCCGAUGGCCUGGACCAACGAGAGAUUGUGCCUGAGUGAGAAUACAGGAUUAAAGAAGGCACUCCUCAAGAUGAUCGUUGUGGAGAAUGGAAACUCAGCUAAGAGCAAUAACAUCAGCAGUGACUUCCUCACAAAUCGCAAUUUACCAACACACGACAACAUGUCUCUACUGAAAUUCUUUGCAAUUAAUGCUUUGGAGUUGAGCGCCCCAGCAUCUCCGGUUCUUCUGCAACAGAACAAUCCAACAAAUAUCGUCACACCAGGAUGGCUCCAACUAUCGGGGCAUCCUGAAAGCAUAGCUCCAGCUGCCAAUGGAAUCGUGAGGAAACGCGUAACAGGACCAACUGAUAGUGAGAUUAUUGCCUACCAAGCCCUAACGGCUGAUUCGUGCGCCUCAAAGAUCAUCCCCAAGUACAUUGGGCACCGGGAGAUCAACGGCGAAAGCUACAUUGAGCUCCAGGAUCUCCUGCAUGGCUUCAAGGAGCCAAGUGUGAUGGACAUCAAAAUGGGUUGCCGUACAUUUCUCGAAUCUGAGGUGACCAACAAAACUCUGCGACCUGAUCUCUACAAGAAAAUGAUCCUCGUGGAUCCGGAAGCACCCACGGAGGAGGAACACAAAGCCCAAGCAGUCACAAAGCUGCGGUACAUGCUCUUCCGGGAGCAGAUGUCCUCCAGUCAAACUAAGGGAUUCCGCAUUGAAGCAAUGAAGAUCAAGGGAUCCAGCCCCAUAACGGAUCUCAAGACAAUCAAGAGUGACACAGAAGUGCGUCAGCUUGUUGGGAAGUUCCUGCAGAAGCGUCGAAGUGUCACGAAGGAGCUUGUUAAGAGACUGAAGAAUAUGCGAGCGCUAAUUGAGAAGAGUGACUACUUCAGGAGUCACGAAGUCGUGGGCAGUAGUGUGUUCAUCGUGUACGACGAUCACCAUGUGGGUGCGUGGAUGAUUGACUUUGCAAAGAAUAAAGUCCUCCCGGAGGGCAUCCAAGUGGAUCACCGGAAGCCCUGGAUCCCUGGGAAUUGCGAAGAGGGUCUCCUGCAUGGCAUGGAUGAGCUUAUAAAGGUUUGCGAGGGAAUCUACGAAGAUUCCAAGUAAAUCAAAUAAAGGAGAAAAGUGGAGACGCCAGGCGAGAGAUCCCCGAGACUGAGAAACUUCUACUCCAAGUAUUAGCAGCCAUAAUUUGAGAGAUUUGGAGGAAGAAUACGCCCUCACAUGCAAGAUUCUAAAGCAUUUCCAUGCGCUACGAGAUCUGUUACUUAACUUUUUUUUUUUGGAAAAAAAUCUGUGGCUCAGGGAGCCUGCAAAUCCCUACUGCAGGAGAUAAAUGAGAAGGAGCCCAUUGGACAGGGGAAUGGAAAACUUCCCGGCCGAAUGUACAAAAUAGUUGCAAGAAAAAUGAAAUUUUGAGGCAUUUUCCUGUCUCUUUUUUACGUGAAAAAAUCAGAUAUUUUUGACGAGUUUUUGUAUAGAAAAAAAAAUCAUAAAGCAAUUUUUGUAUUUUGAGCAAUUUUCAUUUAAAAAAUGGCCACAGAGCCAAAAAAACUUUUCCACAUUGGAAAAAUUUAUCAAAUAAGAUUUUUUUUGUAAGGUGUUUUAGAAAUUAAGAGAAAAAAAUGUUGAAAAUGAGGAUUUUUUAAGAGAAACUUUUCUAGUAUUUAUUGACUUAAUUUUCUUUUUCAAAAUAUGUUUAUGAAAAUAAAAGAAUAUCUCUUAAUUAAAUAAA